AUGGUCGAUCAUUUCAUUAAAGCUGGAGCAAAUGUUAAUGGUAAGACUAAGUUUGGGGACACAGAACUGCAUUUUGCGGCAGAAAGUGGCCACAGAGACGUUAUAAAACAGUUGGUUGAAGCAGGAGCGAAUGUCGAUGCUACAGAUCAAUAUGGGAGAACUGCAUUGAUGGUUUCAUCCCAAGAAGGCCAUACGGAUGCCGUGGAAUAUCUACUAACAAAAACUACUACUAGCAUUAACGCCGUGAAUUCUUACGGAGACACAAUGUUGCAUUUGGCAUCAAAGAGAGGCUAUACGGACAUUAUUAGACUGUUGGUUGCAGCAGGAGCGAACGUCGAUGCUACAGAUCAAUAUGGGAGAACUGCAUUGAUGGUUUCAUCCCAAGAAGGCCAUACGGAUGCCGUGGAAUAUCUACUAACAAAAACUACUACUAGCAUUAACGCCGUGAAUUCUUACCGAGACACAAUGUUGCAUUUGGCAUCAAAGAGAGGCUAUACGGACAUUAUUAGACUGUUGGUUGCAGCAGGAGCGAACGUCGAUGCUACAGAUCAAUAUGGGAGAACUGCAUUGAUGGUUUCAUCCCAAGAAGGCCAUACGGAUGCCGUGGAAUAUCUACUAACAAAAACUACUACUAGCAUUAACGCCGUGAAUUCUUACCGAGACACAAUGUUGCAUUUGGCAUCAAAGAGAGGCUAUACGGACAUUAUUAGACUGUUGGUUGCAGCAGGAGCGAACGUCGAUGCUACAGAUCAAUAUGGGAGAACUGCAUUGAUGGUUUCAUCCCAAGAAGGCCAUACGGAUGCCGUGGAAUAUCUACUAACAAAAACUACUACUAGCAUUAACGCCGUGAAUUCUUACGGAGACACAAUGUUGCAUUUGGCAUCAAAGAGAGGCUAUACGGACAUUAUUAGACUGUUGGUUGCAGCAGGAGCGAACGUCGAUGCUACAGAUCAAUAUGGGAGAACUGCAUUGAUGGUUUCAUCCCAAGAAGGCCAUACGGAUGCCGUGGAAUAUCUACUAACAAAAACUACUACUAGCAUUAACGCCGUGGAUGCUGACGGAGACACAAUGCUGCAUUUAGCAUCAGAGAGAGGUGAUACAGACAUCAUUAAACUGUUGGUUGCAGCAGGAGCGAACGUCGAUGCUACAGAUAAAUAUGGGAGAACUGCAUUGAUGAUUUCAUCCCAAGAAGGCCAUACGGAUGCAGUGGAAUAUCUACUACCAAAAACUACUACUAGCAUUAACGCCACGAAUUCUGACGGAGACACAACGCUGCAUUUGGCAUCAGAGAGUGGUGAUACGGACAUCAUAAAACUGUUGGUUGCAGCAGGAGCGAACGUCGAUGCUACAGAUGAAUUUGGGAGAACUGCAUUGAUGAUUUCAUCCCAAAAAGGCCAUACGGAUGCAGUGGAAUAUCUAUUACCAAAAACUACUACUAGCAUUAACGCCGUGGAUUCUGACGGAUACACAAUGCUGCAUUUGACAUCAGCAGGUGGUUAUACGGACAUCAUUAAACUGUUGGUUGCAGCAGGAGCGAACGUCGAUGCUACAGAUCAAUAUGGGAGAACUGCAUUGAUGGUUUCAUCCCAAGAAGGCCAUACGGAUGCCGUGGAAUAUCUACUAACAAAAACUACUACUAGCAUUAACGCCGUGGAUGCUGACGGAGACGCAAUGCUGCAUUUAGCAUCAAAGAGAGGUGCUACGGACAUCAUUAAACUGUUGGUUGCAGCAGGAGCGAACGUUGAUGCUAGAGAUAAAGAUGGGAGCACUGCGUUGAUGAUUGCAUUUCGAAGAAGAAAUUCAGACGCUGUGGAAUACCUACAAACAAAACGUACCAGCGAAUUAAAAAGAGAGCACAUCACUGCAUUUAGCAGCAGUGAGUAG